GAGGUGGGGAUGUGGUCUCCUUGUAUAGCCCAGAUGCCCAGCACUGUCAGAUGACAUGCACCUUCCACCCCAGGUGUUUAUUUUUCAGUUUUCUUCCUGCAAGUUCAACUAAUGAUAUACACAAAAGGUUUGGUUGCUUCUUGAAAGAAAGCACGACAGGGAUCCUUCCAAGGGCGCCAAAGGCUGGGGCAAUUUCCGGACAUUCCCUAAAGCACUGUGGACAUUACAUCAGUGCUUGCCACCCAGAUACUUAUAAAGGAAUUGAUAUGAGAGGAACCAAUUUCAAUGUGUCUAAAGUUAGAAGUGUUGAAGAGUGCCAAAAAAGGUGUACCAAUAACAUUCACUGCCAUUUUUUCACGUAUGCCACACAAACAUUUCCCAGUGCAGAGUUCCGGAACAAUUGCUUAUUAAAGAGUAGCCCAAGAGGAACACCGACCAGUAUAAAGCUGCUGGAUAAUGUGGUGUCUGGAUUCUCACUGAAGCCCUGUGCACGCUCAGAAAUAGGCUGCCACAUGGACAUUUUCCAGCAUCGUGCGUUUUCAGAUGAGGAUGUUGCCAGUGUUGUCGCUCCAGACGCUUUCGUGUGUCGAACCAUUUGCACCUAUCAUCCCAACUGCCUCUUCUUUACGUUCUAUACAAACACAUCGAAUGUAGAAUCACAGAGAAAUGUUUGUUUCCUUAAGACUUCCAAAAGUGGAACACCAAGUUCCUCUACUCCACAGGAAAAUGCCUUAUCUGGGUAUAGCCUUUUAACCUGCAAGAGGACUUUGCCUGAACUCUGUCAUUCCAAAAUUUACUCUGGAGUUGAUUUUGGAGGGGAAUUGUUGAAUGUGACCUUCGUUAAAGGAGUGGACAUUUGUCAGGAGGCUUGUACAAAGAUGACGCGAUGCCAGUUUUUUACUUAUUCUUCACUACCAGGAGACUGUCAGGGAGAGAAGUGUAAGUGUUCUUUAAAAUUAUCUUUGGAUGGUUCCCCAACCACAAUUACAUUUGGGACACAAGGCAGCUCUGGCUAUUCUUUGAGACUGUGUAAAACUGGGGAGGACUCUGUCUGCACAACAAAAUCAAAAACGCGCAUUGUUGGGGGAACCAACUCCUCUUGGGGAGAGUGGCCCUGGCAGGUCAGCCUGCAGAUGACAAUGACAUCCCAAAGCCAUAUGUGUGGAGGGUCAAUCAUUGGCCACCAGUGGGUCCUAACUGCCGCCCAUUGCUUUGAUGGGCUUUCCUGGCCGGAUGUUUGGCACAUUUAUGGUGGCAUUUUAAAUCUUUCAGAAAUAACAAAAAAAACACCUUUCUCAAAAGUAAAAGAGAUUAUUAUUCACCAACAGUAUAGAAUGUCAGAAGCUGGUCAUGAUAUUGCCUUAGUAAAACUUGAGGCGCCUUUGAAUUACACUGCUACCCAGAAACCAAUAUGCCUACCUUCCAAAGAUGAUGUGAAUACAGUUUAUACCAACUGUUGGAUCAGUGGUUGGGGCUUCACCAAGGAGAAAGGGAGACUCAGGUGGUCCCCUAGUCUGUAA